UAGCCUUCAAAACAAAUGGACAGAGCUCCAAACCAGUUAAAAUCCCCCUCCUCCGGAGCGGAGCGCAGCAGAGGGCGAGAGGGUCCAGCGCCGCUGUCCGGCUCAAACAUGGCGGGCCGUGGAGGCGACGUGAUGUGUUCGUGGUCCGGGUUCGGCUCUGCCACCGACCUCCCAUCUGUAGCCGUGUCCGAGGAGCAGAAACCGAGGAAGAGAAGGAGAGCUUUCUGCCUGAGCAGGAUGAAGUCCCGCGGCAAACAGCAACAGCCCCAGCCCGCCGCAAACAACAACAACAUGCCGUUCAUGAUGCACUGCCAGCUGGGAAAAGAGAUCAAACACAUCUGCCGCAACUGCCGGGGAGUGGAGCCGCUGGACGCUGAGGAAGUGGAGAGGUUGGCAGCGAUGCGCUCUGAUUCGCUGGUUCCGGGAACACACACGCCUCCCAUUCGGCGGCGGAGCAAAUUUGCCACCCUGGGACGUCUGUUCAAACCCUGGAAAUGGAGGAAGAAGAAGAGUGAAACGUUCAAGCAGACCUCUGCGGUGUUGGAGAGGAAGAUGUCCACUCGCCAGAGCAGAGAGGAGCUCAUCAAGAAAGGAGUGCUGAAGGAGGUUUAUGAGAAAGACGGCUCUUCCCCGGCUGUACGCGAGGAUGCGAAGAUGGAGAACGGGCGAUCUCUGCUGCUCGCCUCCGCCAUGUUGGAGUCUGAAGGCUCUCUGGAGUUCCAGAUGCCAAGUGAGGGCGCGUGUCAACAGGACUACGGGCAAAAAUCCACGGAGAAGUCCACUGUGUAUCCGUCUGACGGCGCUGAAUCAACGCUCUCCAGACCCCCCGCGCUACACAAACAACCUCCUGCGCUGCCACCCAAACCCUUCAACAGGCUACCUAAUCACAUCAUAGACGGUGCCCCGGUGAAGUUGCCGUGUAUGUUGUCGAAGUUGUCUCCUCCUCUACCUCCAAAGAAACUCAUGAUCUCCGUACCUGCAGGGAGCAUGGAGCCCUCUUUGCUCGCCUUCCAGAAGUGCCCCCCUCCCAGCCACGCUCCAAUGGGCGGGCACUCCCUGCAGUACGGGGCGCUACCCCUCCACCCCCCCAGCCGAAUAAUAGAGGAGCUCAACAAGACCCUGGCCCUGACCAUGCAGAGGUUUGAAAGCUCCAUGAUGCACGCCGUUCCCACGGUGAUGAUCGAGUGUGACGACGACAAAGAGAACCUCCCCAACGAGGUGGACUACGAGGACCUGCCUGACGAAGAAGAAGAAGAAGAAGAGGAGCAAGAGGAGGAAGAAGACGACGACGAUGAGGAAGACGAAGAUGAAGAGGAGGAGGAUGAUGAUGAUACAUUGUUUACAAGCGUACUGGCCAUGAAGGUUUUACGAAAGGACUCUCUGGCCAUCAAGCUGAGUAACCGUCCAUCGAAGAGGGAGCUGGAGGACAAAAACAUCCUGCCGAUGCAGUCGGACCAAGAGAGGUUCGAGUCUCGGCAACAAACGGCCACAAAACUGACCAGGCGAUUAAGUCAACGACCGACAGCAGAGGAACUGGAACAGAGGAACAUACUCAAACCUCGAAACGAUCUGGAGGAGCAGGAGGAGAAGAGGGAGAUCAAGAGACAUUUGUCCAAAAAGGUAAGACAGAGUGGAGAUGGACAGAGCGUCUCCACAUCAGUGCACAUGCUUAACCCUUGUGUUGUCUUCGCGUCAACCUUUAAAGGUUUCAUCGGCCAUAAGGUGGACUAG